AUGACUGAACCAGCACAGACAUCCCCAACAUUACAGGGAAAGAAAAAGAAGGAGCAACCAGAAUGGUUCCCACCUCAAGGUGUACCCUCUGAGCUGAUGAUCUACAACUCGUUGACCUCAUCAAAGAAUGCAUUCAUUCCAUCCAGCGGAGGAAAUUUCGAUAUCAUUCGUCGUAUUAUGAAGGAUUACCUAGGAUAUGACGUACAGUACGUGAUGAACAUCACCGAUAUCGAUGACAAGAUUAUUGAUCGUGCCAACAAGUCUGGUGUCACUCACACUGAGCUCUCUCGCAAAUGGGAGGCGUCCUUCUUUGAGGAUCUCAAGGCAUUGAAUGUUCUGCCACCAGAUGCCCUGACAAGAGUGACAGAGUACGUCCCAGAGAUCAUCACAUACGUUCAAAAGAUCAUUAGCAAUGGCUACGCCUACGAGUCGAACGGCUCCGUGUACUUUGACACUGAGAGCUUCAAGAAGAACCACGAGUAUGGCAAGCUCGAACCAUCGUCCGUUGGCAACGAGAAGUUGAUCAGCGAGGGCGAGGGCGCGCUCACAGUCGGCACUCAGGACAAGAAGAACAAGUCCGACUUUGCCCUGUGGAAGGUCUCCAAGCCUGGCGAGCCAGAGUGGUCGUCACCCUGGGGUCCAGGCCGUCCAGGCUGGCACAUCGAGUGUUCCGCCAUGGCCAGUGACAUCCUCGGUCCAAACAUUGACAUUCACUCUGGCGGUGAGGACCUCAAGUUCCCCCAUCACGACAAUGAGAUUGCCCAGUCCGAGGCUCACUAUGGCUGCAAGCAAUGGAUCAACUACUUUAUCCACUCUGGUCAUCUCCUCAUUGAUGGCCUCAAGAUGUCAAAGUCGUUGAAGAACUUUAUCACCAUUCAAGCUGCUCUAGAGAAGUACACAGCAAGACAGAUCAGAAUGUUGUUCUUGAUUCACAAGUAUGACAAGCCAAUGAACUACAGCCAAGAGUCAAUGACCAAUGUGUUUGAGAUUGAGAAGAUCUUCUCAGAGUUCUUCCACACGGUCAAGUCCGUGCUGAGAGAUAGCCCGGGCGAUCUGCCACAGUCAUGGAACCAGGUCGACAAGGACCUGAACGCCCAUCUGCUUGCCGCCAAGAAGAACAUCCACUCCUACCUGCUCGACAACUUUAACACUGUGGACGUGAUGCACUCUCUCACCGACCUGAUCAAGAAGACCAACAUCUACUUGGCCGACAAGUCGAGGAACCCACGUGUCGCCAUCCUCACCAACAUUGCCAACUACAUCACGUACAUUCUCCGCGUGUUUGGCGUUGUCGACACCUCAUCCAUUGGCUUUGGUUCUGGCGAGGGCAACGUCGAGGAGGCUCUCAAGCCAGUGCUCGACGCGACCAUCGAGUUCAGGAACCAAAUGCGCACGGCUGCCGCUGCCAAGGACACCUCCAAGAUUCUGCAGACAUGUGACUCAUUCCGUGACGAGGUGCUCCCUCUGCUCGGCAUCAAGAUCGACGACAAGCAGGGUGGCUCUGUGUGGAAGUUUGAGGACAAGGAGGUGCUCAAGAAGGAGAUGCUGCUCAAGAAGGAGAUUGAGGCCAAAAAGCAGGCCGAGAAGGAGGAGCGCGCCAAGAAGGAGGCCGCCAAGCUGGAGAAGGCCAAGAUCCCUCCAUCAGACAUGUUCAAGGCUGAGACUAGCAAGUACUCCCAGUUUGAUGCUCGUGGUGUUCCAACGCACGACAACACUGGCGCCGAGAUCACCAAGUCACAAAAGAAGAAGUUGGACAAGGAGUUUGAUGAGCAGACCAAGAGCCACAGCAAGUAUCUCGAGUCACUGAAGCAGUAA